AUGUCAAUUGCCUUGAAAGACGCGGACGAUGGGCUGUUUUCUAACUACGAGACGGAGUUCCAACUAGCGUACGGUGAGAUCAGUCAGAAUCUGGACGAGUUCGUGCACCUGACGGCCGCCGAACAGCGCAAAACCGCCACCGGGAUCCAGCGGGCCAUUGACGAAGCCUACGAAAUCAUUGACCAGAUGGCCGUCGAGGUGCAAUCGAUCCCCUCGAGCCAGCGCUCUCGCUACAACAACAAACUGCGUGGGUACCGCAGCGAUAUCGAAAAGGCCAAACGCCGCAUCAAGAGCCUGCGAGAGAACGUGGACCGUAACGAGCUGCUGGGCGUGGCCUCCCAGGGCGUCGGUCGAGACGUUGGUGCCGACCAGCGCCAGCAGCUGUUGGCCGGCCAGGAGAGCCUCGACCGUUCGAGCGAGCGGCUGCGCGAGUCCCAACGGGUCGCCAACGAAACCGAGUCCGUGGGCGCCAACAUCCUGACCGACCUGCGGGCCCAGCGCGAGCAAAUCGUCAACUCCCGCAACACUCUCACCGAAGCAGACAACUACGUCGACAAGAGCCUGCGCACUCUGCGCUCAAUGGCCCGCCGGAUGGCCGCAAACAAAGUCAUCACCUACGCCAUCAUUGCUAUCCUCGUAGUGCUGAUUAUCUUUGUGCUUUUGAGCAAAUUUUGGUAA